AUGUUCGAGGAUUUCCUCGAGGACGCGAACGAGUGGUACCAUCCGGACGCGCCCGAGCUGGCCUCCCCGCGCGCCGUGGACGCGCUGCGCGCGAGGUUCCGCCGGGCGUGCCCCGCCCUCGACGACGCCCGCUGUGGCGAUCUCCGCCCGGGCGACCAGCUCUGCCUCGCCUGCGAUAUGCACGGCGGCGAGAUCAAAUACUACGACGCCGUCCUCGAGGCCGUACGCCCUCCGCAUCGCGCCCUACACGUAUGUUGUAAUAAUUGGCGUCGACCAAAUAUGCAGGUAGAGAAGGCACCACACGGCACCGUGGACGGCGAGGAGCGGUGCGCGUGCCGUUUCACGGUGAGAUGGACGGAGGGGCCGCGCCGCGGUUGCUGGGACAAGGUGGGCGUCGAGGUGGUCUGCUGCGUGCAGGCCUCACCGAUCCAAGAUCCAGUGCUGACCGAGUUCCUGGAGGAUGUGACAAAGCGGUUCGGCGACGACCAAGGGAAGGCGACGGUGGCGUCUCAGCCAGCCCCGAGCGGCGAGGGGGAAAGUGCGCCGGUGUCCAGCCUCACAUACUCCUCGAGUAGCUUGUCUUAUUCUUUUUAACGAAGGUAUAUCUCCUGAAUUCAAAUAGAGUAAUGCUACACCUACACCUAGGUCUAGCAUUUUCGAUUCAAAUA